GGAGCCGGGGAGGGGAGGAGGGUCUGUGUGCUCCAUGGAGAUACAGAAGUGAAAAAAGCUGUUGCCUAAUCAGACACUCCAUUUCCAGGCAUCUGUUAGGCAGAGACCGUGGCAUGUGUCUUGGUGAAAUGUGUUUAUGGUGAAAGAGAGAUGUUCUUCCCCUUCCUUGGGAGGAUUUUGAUGUGUGGCAGUGAUGGCAACGGGACCCACGGUGGCAGCCGGCAGCAGGGACCGAGCUGCCGUCCCACCAAGGGCUGGGCAAAUAGGGACGGGUUCUGCUCCAAAGCCCCCACAGGCAAAGCACAACUGAAAUAAUCACACCAAAAUCCACAGAAAACACUUGGAGGGCUUCUUACUUUUUAGGUAUCCCACUGACUUCAAAGGCCAUUUAAUUCUGUCAGCCUCUUUAGUUGAAAUAACAGGAGACAGCAACGCUGUUUAUCUCCAAACGUUGCCAGAAUCUCUCUGUGUGUUCAGUGGCAGUUACAGGACAGAGAAAACACGCUACAAGAAAAUUUGCUUGCAGCAAAAUUUGCAUCCCUGUGGAAGCACAGAGAAAGCUUUUGAGGUGCUUUAGAUUGAUUACAGAAUGAGUCUGUGGGUAACAACCACUUUGUUACCUUGGAUGCUGAUUUCUGCCCCCUUGGCUGAGAGGCAGAGAUGCGCCUCUCUAUUUCAGGAUAACAUUUUGUGGGUACAGGUGGUGGACAAGGGGAAGGGUGGUGUAGGAGAGAAAGCUCGUUGGGCUGGCCCUAGAACAAAUAGUUCUGGCCAUUAAUAAAUUUAGGUGAAGCAAGAAGGUUUCUAAAAAGUAAAGCAGUGAGUUUUUGAUAAAGCAUCUUGAUAGGAAGGGGCCAGAAAAAAACCCCAACAUUUUUUCAGAUAGAGCUACUUUAAUUUUUUUGCAGUACAGCUGCUUGUGGAUGAAGAGGACUGGUCUGUCUAUAUUGUUCUCCAGAGUUCCUGUUGGCCUGAGCUCUGCUUGUGAGGUUGCUCUUCACCUCGAGAAAUCCCAGGCAUUCCCUUCUCCCUCCUCACCCAUGUGUUUCUUUUCCAAGGUGACAGUCCUUGUCAUCACCUCUCUCACUCUCUCCCUGUGUCCCUCUUCUAGUUUUGUUCCCUCUUUUUCGUCCGUGGAGUGAGCAGGGCUGCACUGUGCAGUUCAGCGCAUGGAUUGAUGCAGUGGGAUAGGAGUGGUUUCUGUGUUGUUUUGUGUGCUUUUCCCACUAAUUCCUGGGUGAAACAUCCUAGUGAUUGUGAUAAACAUGGAAUAUACCUAAGGCAGGGGUGUGUGCCCGGGCACACACAGCCAGCAUCACCAAACCAGCCUUGCGGCACACAAACCCUUCUGCAGGUCUGGAGCAGAAGCAGAGACCUUCAGAGUGAAGUAUGAGUAAUUCUGAGUGUAACAGGACUCUUUUACUCACCUAAGAGCAUGAAAGAAAGUCUACAUGAUACGUGGAGAGCAGAAGAAAGGUGUUAUUAAAGGGGAGAAGCCAUCACACCUUUCUUUGGCACCUGUUUUCUCCUGAGAGCACUUCUUCCAGCAGCUCACAUCCUCAGUCUCUGGUACGAGGGGUGCUUGGUGAGAGGCAAGGAGAGGAGAGAGACCUCUGCCAUAGGAACAGUAUUGUCACUGCAGCCACCAUUUUUUUGUAUCCAGAACAGGGGAUUAUAGUUUCAAGGUCCAUCUGCUGAAGGUGUUCUGUAUGCUUUCCAUGAGGAGCGGGGCUGAGAGAUCGUGGUUGCUCUAUGAGAGAUCUUCUCCCCCAGUAACUCAGGCUCUCUUUGAUGUGUGCCUGACAGGGAGCACCUAGCUGGGAUUUGCAGGGUACUGUGACCUUCAGAUCUUUUUUAUUGAGUGGUUUUAACAAAUUUACAGCUCAUUAAUGUAUACGUAUGGUUAGGGGGGGUUGUGCCCACAGGCAGUGCUUGGCGUGUCAGUAGUGAAUUUUGGUGCUCAGGCACUUUGGAUGAGGAGAUCCUUCUGCAGAUUCUUCACAGUGAAGAUUGACUGACCUAAAUCAUCAUGGACAAGCUCCAUCUUUUCAAUAUUCAUUCCCUUUCCCAGAUCACUUAUGAGCAUGUUGAAUAACGCAGAUCCUCGGGGAGAUCCCUUGAUAACCUAUUCACAUGAUGAAAACUAUUUAUUUCUUCUUACUCUUUGUUCCCCAUUGGUAACCAUUCAUGCAGAAGUGCCCUUCCCCUUGGCACCACUACUGCGCCAAUCCCAGAAAAGCCUUGGGUGAAGGACAUUUCCAAAAGCCUAUGAAAAACACAGCCUGUGCUAGGGACCAGGUCACCCCAUCAGAGCGGUCACCUUCGCUUUGAAAGAACUUGACUGUAAUUAAGGCAAGUACUUACUUGUACUCUGCCAAAACCAAGUUGUCUCAGUCCCCAGUAUAUCACGAGCUUGUUCAUUGUGGUCUUUAUUAUAAUCCCUACCAGUGUGCCCAACAUAAAAGCCAGAUGUCCUGGUGUGUAAGUUCCCUGGGCCACCUCCUAAGCCCUUUAAAAAUCUGCCCUUAAGGAAUUUGUCAUUCCUUAAAGGCAGAUUUGCCAUUCCUUCAGCCGGAAGGCAGAUUUGAGCUGCUGAUGGCACAGCCUGUGAGCAGCUUGGCAGUUCCCUGCCUGAGUUUCUUCUGUCCUCCAGAGCUGGAUGGUGUGCUGCCCAUGAAUUUAUUGAUCUGCUCGAAACCUCUCCGUGGCCUCAAUAUCUAAUCUGUUGCGGAGAGCAGAGUGUUACAGGGCAAAAUUCAUUAACGUUUGUAAAGCUCAUCAAGAUCUUUCAUGAGCAAAUCCCAUCAUGUUUUAAUAUAUUUUUUAAAUGUCACAAGUAAGUUCUCAUUAUUCAUUGAAGAGCUGAAGUAAACAGCACUUGCCAGACCCGAAUAUUGGAACAGGCAGAGGCUGUUCCUUUACCACUUUUAGGACACUCUCAUUUCAACUUAAACUCCCUGCCUUCAUUCUGUUCCUGCAAAGCAGAAGCACCCCCUCGUCCUUCCCAAACAUGGGCUCAGGGAUCCCCAUGGACCCCCAGCCUGGGAUUUUCAGAUGCCUGGUAGCUCCACGGGGGUCUGAGAGUAGCUGGUCCUGGUCUCUGUCAGCAUUGCCCUGGUUUUGCAGUGUGAGAUGCCAGCAUGAAGAACAGCAAAAGGUGGAUAAGUGCAUCCAGCAGGUGUUGGAACACACAAACGGGGGAAAUCUUCCUAAAAUCCUUCGCCUUCCAGCCCAGCACGGUGUUCUGUCCCCCUCCAAUGGUGCUUGUACAUUACUGCGCACUGGCUGGUGGGUUUGGCAGAUGGGUCCCGGGUUACUGGGACCAAAACCACGUGCACUUCUGUUCAAGUAGCCUAAGAUGUCCGGAGGAGACAUGGCCAAACCCCUCCUGGGCCAUGGGAGCACGGAGGGUGAGCCCAGCAUCACACCUGUGGCCGGCCGCACCGUCGGGGUGCUGGGGAGUGGGGACUUUGCGCGGUCGCUGGCCAUCCGGCUGGUGUGCUCCGGGUUCAAGGUGGUGGUCGGCAGCCGCAACCCGAAGCGCAAAGCCGGCCUCUUCCCCUCUGCAGCAGAAGUCACUUUCCAGGUCGAGGCGGUGAAGAAGACGGAUGUCAUUUUUGUGGCGGUUUUCAGGGAACAUUACUCCACCCUCUGUGACCUGGCUGAUGUGCUGGCGGGCAAGAUCCUGGUGGACGUUAGUAACAACACGGAGAUCAACCAUCACAAAGAAUCCAACGCCGAGUACUUGGCUUCCCUGUUCCCAGCCUGCACAGUGGUCAAAGGGUUUAAUGUGGUUUCUGCUUGGACGCUGCAGUCAGGUGCCAGGGAUGGAAAUAAGCAGGUUCUGAUUUGCUCAAAUAACCAAGAAGCCAAGCGCACUGUAGCAGAGAUUGCUCAAGUCAUGGGAUUCACCCCUGUGGACAUGGGCUGCAUGGCGUCAGCCCGUGAGAUCGAGAACAUUCCCCUGCGCCUCUUGCCAGCCUGGAAAAUCCCCACCUUUUUGGCUCUGGGGCUCUUUCUGUGCUUCUUCACUUACAACCUGGUCCGGCAGGUCAUCCACCCUUACAUCAGGGAGAAUAAGAACAAGUUCUACAAGAUCCCCGUCGAGGUGGUCAACACAACGCUGCCUUGCGUGGCCUACGUCAUGCUGUCCCUCGUCUACCUGCCCGGGGUGCUGGCAGCCUGCUCACAGCUCUACUACGGCACCAAAUACCGGCGCUUUCCAGAUUGGCUCGACCAGUGGCUCCAGCACCGAAAGCAGAUUGGUCUCCUCAGCUUCUUCUGCGCGGCGUUGCACGCCGUCUACAGCCUCUGCCUGCCCAUGCGCCGCUCCCACCGCUACCAACUCAUCGAGAUGGCCGUCAAGCAGGCUGUGGAGAAGAAGAUGAAUAUCUGGGUAGAGGAGGAAGUCUGGAGGAUGGAGAUUUAUAUCUCUGUUGGAAUAAUUGCCCUGGGCUUGCUGUCGUUACUUGCCAUCACUUCACUUCCAUCCAUCGCAAACUCUCUCAACUGGAGGGAAUUCAGUUUCAUUCAGUCCACCCUUGGAUUUAUUGCCUUGGUAAUCAGCACCCUGCACACACUCACCUACGGCUGGUCGAGGGCCUUCGAUGAGAACCAGUACAAAUUCUACCUGCCUCCCACCUACACCCUCACGCUGCUCGUCCCCUGUACCGUCAUCCUGGCAAAAGUCGUCUUCAGUUUGCCCUGCGUCUGGCAAAGACUUCUGCGAAUCAGGAGGGGCUGGGAGAAGGGAAGAUACGUGAAGUUCAUCCUGCCCAGCGCAACGGGGGAGUACUCCAGCGGGGAGACCUCUAGCAACGUCUAAAAGGGAGCCCCGGCUGUGAGAGAGGAUUUCUUCAAAGCACUAUCGACAUUUCUAUAAAGGUGUUUCUUUUUCUUAAAUAUAUGUAUGUUUUGGUAUAAUUGUAUUGUGGGUAAACAAUAAAAUCUGGUGACUUUAGCAAAUGGAUGAGCACGAAAAUAGUUCAGACAGUUGCUAAAUUAUAUUGCUGAUUUGCUAGGACAGUUAUUGCCUUAAAAAUGGCCAUGAAGGCCAAGCUAAGCAGCACUAAUAUGCCUGGGAAACUGAUGGGCUCUGUUCAUCAGAUCAGUCACUUGAGGGGCUGGCUGGCAGCUCCUCGGACCAGAGCUUCUCGGUUGCUUCCCUGGCUGCUCUCAUAAAUUUCAAUGCUUUUUGGUUUGGUUUGUUGUUGUUUUUUUAAAUAUAAAAUAGCACAGAGUUUCUGUGUUUUAUGACAGCAAAGACAUCCUGCCUCUUGAGUGUCUGGACCAAUCAAGGCAGUGAGGUUGAGAAAGAUGAAUCGUCUCUGGUUUUGGUCUCCUCAAUGAACUCUAUGGACAAGUAAGAAGAGCAAUAUCCGUGUUAUGUAGCAUCUACAGAUUUUACUAAAAGCAUCCAAACCUGACAGCAAGUCUAAAUAACCCCGUUCUCUCAAAUACAGAGAGCACUGCUGGUCCUGGGAGCUGUGCCUGGUGCACGUUUAUAAGCUAUGGAAAUAAAGCACUUUUUCCAGCAGUAUAAAAGCAUUUGAAGAGAGUGGUGUCCCUCAACUCACACAUCUGGUCUGCACUGCUGGCUCCAAGAUGACAGCUGCUGCUGCUGCAUGUUCUCUCUUUUACUAAGCCAAAGUUUCAAGCAGUAUUUGAUGGAAACAGAGCAAAGAUAAUGAUAGGGAAGACCUGCUGCUUCACAGAAUUACAUGGAGAAAACCAAGGCCUUCCAGCUGGCCUUCCAGCAAAUAACAGGGUGAAGCUUUUAGAAAUCAUUGUCACCUGAACGUGCCCACUUAUACAGACAAAACAGUAGCUCUAAACCCACUGGUUUCACCAGCAAGGACAAGAUCUUUGAACAGUCUUGCAAAGCGAGCAGCAAGUCUUGACCACAACAUGAAAAUACAGCAGUUGUACAUUUUGGGCACAGUCCUUCAUUGCCUUGCACCUUAAAAAGCAACGAGCUAGAUUGCAAAGCAGGUAUCAAAUGCUCUUCUGCCUUCAUACCCACUUUGGACAAGGUACAGGGCAAUGAAGAUUUCUGUCCUAAUGUCAUUUUCCACCCGUCAUUUCCUAUCCCUUCAAGCUCUUGCUGUUUAUCAGAAUAAUGCUUUAGGUUUUGGACAUACAAAUCACCAAGCAGAGAGUGGACAGCCAUUCACAAAGGCUCAUUUAAAAGCAGGCAAUCGGGAUGACACAAGAAGACUACCUCAGCAAGGUCAGAUACAAGGACAUGGCUGGAAUAGCCUCAUUUUCCUACCGUUAAGUCAAAGACACCACUCAGUGUUCAGUAUUGCUCUGAAAAAUAACAGCUGUCAGCAUCAAUGAGGUACGGUUUGUGGGACAGGGAAGUACUUGUUACUAGACCACAGUUAAUAGAAACAUGGGGGGAAAUGAUCAGCUUCGGGGCACAUAAGCCCUUCUACAAGCCACCACUGCUUCCGUAACCUGGAUGAUUUCUACACAGAUGGAUCUUAAGAGUUCCCUUUUUAGCCUCAAAUAACUACAGUGAGUAACGUUCUCCAAAUAUUUCUCAAGCUGCCAGUGAUGAUACUGAGGGAUUUCAGUUCUCGCCUAAGGCUUACACUAAAGUCUCCAAACGUCACUUCUUUUCACUGAAUAUAAAGAGAUCAGCAUGAGGGAAAUGCCCAGAUUUCAUCAUCAGCUGAUUAUUUCUUCUUUUGGCAAAGAAUGUACCAUUCUUUGCCUUUAGAAAACUGUGGUUAUUCAGGUUUCCCCAUCCAUCUCCACAACCUGGCCCAGACCAGCACCUGAUCGAAUCACUCACCAAGCAGAUUGAUUACCUGGCCCUGUUUAUUUGUGUUUGAACUGUGUGGGUUAAGUUUCCAUGUGGAUUUGAGACAGUUUCACCCGAGUAUAAUUCCACCCACUCCAGCUUAACUCAUCCUUGAGGGAAAACUGGAUUCAGCAAGUUUGAUCUUUCAGUCUUCUCCAUUUCAUCAUCAAGCAAAGUCAACAUAAACGCACCGUUUUAUACAUUUUCUGGUUACAAUAGUAUAUUCCAAUGCCUCUUUUUUCCACCUAAGCUUCUUUUCACAUCGUUAGGUCAAGCAAAACUACUGCCUGGUGGCAAAAAAGAAAGGAAAAAAAAAAGAUUAGGAGGCAGGGAAAGAGUAUUACACAAACUAAACAAACUUUGUCUCCAGUGGGAAAGGUGUGGCUUUAUUGUGAGUCGCCGCAAAGUUAAAGACUCACCUUUCUGCCCAGCAGAAGUAAAGUUUGUACCUUUGCUUUGUUUACCUGCCUUUCACACCCACGUACCCUUUCCCACUGGUGGCAAAGGGAUGGUUUUCAUGGGCAGGAGCAGAGUCAGGCACCCAGACCUACCUGAGGAGCUGGCUGCCUGUGUGAGCCAGGAUGGUGCUUUGCAGGUGGACACAAGCCCAGAUGGACAGAGGAGCCAGCUCAAAAUCCCCGUGGCUACCGCAGCUCCACAGCAUCUAAAAAAAGGCUGAUCAAGUGUCUCCAGGUAACGCCUGUGCCAACACACUGCCCGGACAGUCACCGUCCCUUUUUAAAGACUGAGACCCAUUCCUGUAAACGCAGAGCAGCAUUUCAGAUGGUGCCCUCUGGAUGCAUCUGGUCCUUAAAGCCUCCACACAACAGUUCCAGUCAUUUCUUCUGAUUCUGAAACGCUGAAAAGUAGUUCAAGGAAUUUUUCAAUUAUCUUUCCCUACAUAUUUUUUGAUGUGGUUGGGGGGGUUAGUGAGGUUAGCUUAAAAUUUACCGAUUAACUGGUUUUGUAUUUGGAGUUUCUUUAUAUAUGUACACACAUACCUAUAUAUUAUUGCAGAAUAUACAGCUGGAAUGUAAAUUCUUUAUAUUUUUAUUUUCUGUAUUGCCUACUAUGUGCCUCUGGGAUAUGUAAGAACCAACUGAAAAGCUGUAAAGAGUAAGGUCAGUUUUAAUCACUGGCAUCAGUAGCUAUAUAAAAAAUAUUCAGGUCUAUAUAAUUA